UUUAUUGCGACCUGCCGGUGGGAACUUUGUCUCCAAAUCGGAGCAGCAUGGAGCGGCGGAGCGAGAGCCCGUGUCUGCGGGACAGCCCCGACCGAAGGAGCGGCAGCCCCGAUGUCAAGGGGCCUCCCCCGGUGAAGGUGGCCCGGCUGGAGCAGAACGGCAGCCCCAUGGGAGCCCGCGGGAGGCCCAACGGCGCGGUGGCCAAGGCCGUGGGAGGUUUGAUGAUUCCUGUCUUCUGUGUGGUGGAGCAGUUGGAUGGCUCUCUUGAAUAUGACAACAGAGAAGAACACGCCGAGUUCGUCUUGGUGCGAAAAGAUGUGCUUUUUAGCCAGCUGGUGGAGACCGCGCUCCUGGCCCUGGGGUAUUCCCACAGCUCUGCAGCUCAGGCCCAAGGAAUAAUCAAGCUCGGGAGGUGGAACCCUCUCCCCCUUAGUUACGUGACAGACGCCCCUGAUGCGACAGUGGCCGACAUGCUGCAAGAUGUCUAUCACGUGGUGACGUUGAAGAUCCAGUUACAAAGUUGUUCGAAGUUGGAAGACUUGCCUGCGGAGCAAUGGAAUCAUGCCACAGUCCGCAAUGCCUUAAAGGAACUGCUCAAAGAGAUGAACCAGAGCACAUUAGCCAAAGAAUGCCCUCUCUCCCAGAGUAUGAUUUCAUCCAUUGUAAAUAGCACAUACUAUGCCAAUGUGUCAGCAACCAAGUGCCAGGAGUUCGGGAGAUGGUAUAAAAAGUAUAAGAAGAUUAAAGUGGAAAGAGUGGAGCGAGAAAACCUUUCAGACUAUUGUGUUCUGGGCCAGCGUCCAAUGCAUUUACCAAAUAUGAACCAGCUGGCAUCCCUGGGGAAAACCAACGAACAGUCUCCUCAUAGCCAAAUCCACCACAGUACUCCAAUCCGAAACCAAGUGCCCGCAUUACAGCCCAUCAUGAGCCCUGGGCUUCUCUCACCCCAGCUCAGUCCACAGCUGGUCAGGCAGCAGAUAGCCAUGGCCCACCUGAUAAACCAACAGAUAGCCGUGAGCCGGCUCCUGGCUCACCAGCACCCUCAAGCCAUCAACCAGCAGUUCUUGAACCAUCCACCCAUCCCCAGAGCAGUCAAGCCAGAGCCAACCAACUCCUCUGUGGAAGUCUCUCCUGAUAUCUACCAGCAAGUUCGAGAUGAGCUGAAGAGGGCCAGCGUGUCACAAGCUGUCUUUGCAAGAGUGGCAUUCAACCGCACACAGGGACUGUUGUCAGAGAUCCUGCGUAAGGAAGAGGACCCCAGGACUGCUUCUCAGUCUCUUCUAGUAAACCUGAGGGCCAUGCAGAACUUCCUCAAUCUGCCUGAAGUGGAGCGUGACCGCAUUUACCAGGAUGAGCGAGAGCGGAGCAUGAAUCCCAAUGUGAGCAUGGUCUCCUCUGCCUCUAGCAGUCCCAGCUCCUCCCGAACCCCACAGGCCAAAACCUCGACACCGACAACAGACCUCCCUAUUAAGGUGGACGGUGCCAACGUCAACAUCACAGCUGCCAUUUACGAUGAGAUCCAACAGGAGAUGAAGAGGGCCAAGGUGUCUCAAGCCCUGUUUGCCAAAGUGGCUGCAAACAAAAGUCAGGGCUGGCUCUGUGAACUGCUUCGCUGGAAGGAAAACCCCAGCCCAGAAAACCGCACCCUUUGGGAGAAUCUCUGCACGAUUCGCCGCUUCCUGAAUCUUCCCCAACACGAGAGGGAUGUGAUCUAUGAGGAAGAAUCGCGACAUCACCAUAGCGAGCGCAUGCAGCAUGUGGUACAGCUCCCGCCCGAGCCUGUGCAGGUUCUUCAUCGACAGCAGUCCCAGCCGACCAAGGAGAGCUCCCCUCCCAGAGAAGAAGCGCCCCCACCACCUCCUCCAGCUGAAGACAGUUGUGCCAAAAAACCUCGGUCUCGCACAAAGAUCUCCUUAGAAGCCCUGGGCAUCCUUCAAAGCUUCAUCCAUGACGUAGGCCUCUAUCCUGACCAGGAAGCCAUCCACACACUCUCAGCCCAGCUGGAUCUCCCCAAACACACCAUCAUCAAGUUCUUCCAGAACCAGAGGUACCACGUGAAGCAUCAUGGGAAGCUGAAGGAGCACCUGGGCUCCGCGGUGGACGUGGCAGAGUAUAAGGACGAAGAGCUGCUGACCGAGUCCGAGGAGAAUGACAGCGAGGAAGGCUCGGAGGAGAUGUACAAGGUGGAGGCCGAGGAGGAGAACGCCGCCGCCGCCGCCGCCGCCGCCACCGAGAAGAGCAAGGCAGCGCCGGCUGAAGCCGACCAGAGAUAAUGUGAACUCCACCAGGCAAAGCAAUACAUGGGUCCAAGGACUUUCUGUUUUCAUUUCCUUAAAAAAAAAAAAUCUUCUUGGCUUUGUUUUUAAUGUCUGUUUUAUUUUUCUUACCCUUAAUGGCAUUCCUCUGUUGCACAGGAUAGCCUACAGACUGAGUAAGCUCGGUGUUUCUGAGUCAGGCGCCGCCUUGGCAAAGACACUAAGUGUCAGACUUUUACAAUUGACUGGACCGUAGUAAUUCUAGUCACAGGAGACUCUGCCUUCAUUCUCCUUGGACUCACCGAAGAGACACCAGGCAAGUUCCAGGACGCAAAGACCCACGACCUAAAUGAAGGAAGCUACGAGUGUGUGUAUAUGUAUAUGUAUAUAUCUCUAUAUUUACAUAUAUAUAUUAAAAAUCGCAUGGGACAGAGAACUUUACAACCUGAAAGAAUAGACUGUGAAAUGGGUUCUUAAAAGACUUGUUUAUGUAUAAAGAAAAAUACCACUUCACAGUGAGUCGCUUUGGCUUUUUGAGAAACUGCGGCCUGCUCUCAGGGUGGGGUGACUAUUUUUGAAUUCC